AUGAUUGAUGACAUUGUGUCGAUUGGUGCAUUGGCCAAGCGGCACAAGAUUGGAUGUCAUGUUGACUGCUGCCUCGGUUCGUUCCUCAUGCCGUUCCUUGAGCCAGCGGGCUUUGUGAGUGAACCAUUUGAUUUCCGCGUUGAUGGCGUGACGUCGAUUUCUUGUGACACACACAAGUAUGGCUUUGCGCCCAAAGGCUCCUCGAUCGUCAUGUACCACACGGAAGCACUUCGUCGGUACCAGUACUAUGUGUCGACCGACUGGGUCGGUGGCGUGUAUGCGUCGCCCACGCUCGCUGGCUCGCGUGCCGGUGCUCUCAUAGCAGGCGCCUGGGCUGCGAUGACGUCGCUUGGUCGCGAUGGUUACAUCCAGAGCUGCCGCGAGAUCGUCGGUGCUGCGAAGGAGAUCGAGAAGCGUGUGCGUGCUGAGAUUCCUGAACUGGUGAUUUUGGGCAAACCGCUCGUGAGUGUGUUGGCCUUUGCGAGUGCCGGUAACGUCAACAUCUACGAUGUAGGUGACCAGAUGAGCCGUCGUGGUUGGCACUUGAAUGCGCUCAGUGGCGACAUGCCUGCAUUCCACAUUGCUUGCACACGUCUUACAGUGCCUGUGGUCGAUCGAUUCGUGCAUGAUCUGAAGGAGAGUGUUGCUGCUUCUCGCUCUCGACCGUCCAAGUCGGGUGCCAUGGCUACAGUGUAUGGACUGCACACGACGACGCCCGUUGCUCCUAUGCUGCUGAAGGAAAUGGCCGCUCGUUACAUAGAUACGAUGUACAAGCUUGACAAAUCCGAGUAG